UAUUGUUCGCGAGUGUUUCGCGUGUGCAAUAAAAGAAAGAGGCUUAAUUACUUUUAUUAAUUGGAGGUCUGAGAGGAGGAGGAGGCCUGGGAGAGGCAUCGGGCCUCAGCGGAGCAACCUUGGGUAAUCACCGUAGCUUCAUAGCUGAGCACCUCCGCUCGUUGCGCAUCGGGUCGUAUAUCAUCGCGCGAUCGUAAUCGUAUUUUUGCGAAUUAAUGCAAUCCUGUUGAUGAUCGGAGAGGAAGAAGAUGAAGCCUGCCAGACAACCUCCAGAUGUUCUUCGAGGUGAAAAACGACGAGAAGAGAACACCACUCAUCGUCGCCGACUUAGACUUAAAAUAAACGAACCGCAGCCGGUUCGUCGCGUCGCGCGAUUUUUCCGGAAGUGCCGUUUAAAGUAACUGGAUUAAUGGACUCGAAAGACUCUUAUAGACUUAAUUAAUCCACGGGCGCCAUUUUAGUAUAUUUAACGCGAGUGUUCCGCGAGUGCAACGAGAGAAAACUCAACAACGGAUCUGAGAGGAGGAGGAGGAAACUUGGGAGGUAUCAAACACCAAACCAAGGGUGGACAAGGCGUACGAUGCUUAGGGAUGCUUGGACGAACGACGGUGGGAAAGGCUGGUGGCGAUGGUGGUCCAGGUUGGGCGGAUUGCUGGCGAUGGCGGCAGCCAUAUCCUGUCUCGUUGCCCCGUUUCCGGGCGCCUCGGCCAAUCCGGAAGCGAAGCGUCUCUACGAUGACCUGCUGUCGAACUACAACCGCCUCAUCCGCCCUGUUGGCAACAACAGCGAUCGCCUCACUGUCAAAAUGGGACUACGCCUCUCCCAGCUCAUCGAAGUCAACUUGAAGAACCAGAUCAUGACGACAAACGUUUGGGUGGAGCAGGAGUGGAACGAUUACAAGCUUAAGUGGAAUCCGGACGAAUAUGGCGGUGUCGAAACCCUUCAUGUACCAUCGGAACACAUAUGGCUACCCGACAUUGUUCUUUACAACAAUGCCGAUGGUAAUUAUGAGGUGACCAUCAUGACUAAAGCGAUUUUGAACCACACCGGGAAGGUCACGUGGAAGCCACCGGCGGUCUAUAAAUCAUUUUGCGAAAUUGACGUGGAAUACUUCCCCUUUGACGAGCAGACUUGUUUUAUGAAAUUUGGUUCGUGGACUUACGACGGUUAUACGGUCGACCUGCAGCAUCUCCUGCAAACCGAGGACUCGAAUCAAAUCGAAGUCGGAAUCGACCUGACCGACUAUUAUAUCUCUGUCGAGUGGGACAUCCUAAAAGUGCCUGCCACGAGGAACGAAGCGUUCUACAUAUGCUGCGAGGAGCCCUAUCCCGACAUCGUGUUCAACAUCACCCUGCGCCGCAAGACCCUCUUCUACUUGGUGAAUCUGAUAAUACCGUGCGUGGGCAUAUCCUUCCUGUCGGUGUUGGUAUUCUACCUGCCGAGCGACAGCGGCGAGAAGGUCUCCCUGUCGAUCUCGAUACUCCUCUCGUUGACUGUGUUCUUCCUGUUGCUGGCCGAGAUUAUACCGCCCACAUCGCUGACGGUACCGCUCCUGGGCAAGUACCUGCUGUUCACGAUGGUGAUGGUGACCGCGUCGGUGGUCGUCACGAUAGCUGUGCUGAACGUGAACUUCCGCUCGCCUGUCACCCACCGUAUGGCCAAUUGGGUGCGGGUAGUGUUCAUCCAGGUUCUGCCGCCUUUCCUCUUCAUCAAACGGCCGAAGAAGACGGACGACUACGACGACGAGGAUCAGGGUAGGGGUGGCGACGGAAUCAGCACGGGUGACAUAGACGACGACGGCGUCGACGACGACGACGAGGACGACGACGACGAGGACGAUGUCGAGGCGGCAAACGGCAAACCACCUGAAGGCAUCCUCACCGAUGUGUUCCAUGUUCCAGAGACUGAUAAGUACGACACGUACUACGGCAAGAGGUUCAGCGGAGAGUACGAGGUACCGCCGCACGGUCUGCCACCGCCAGCGACGAGGUACGACCUCACCGCCGUCGGCACCGUCGGCACCGUCGCACCCUGCUUCGAGGAGCCCCUACCCUCGCUGCCACUGCCCGGGGCGGACGACGACCUCUUUGGGCCAGCUAGCCCUGGAUACGCUCACGAGGACGUCAGCCCCACCUUCGAAAAGCCGUUGGUACGCGAGAUCGAGAAGACCAUCGACGACGCCCGCUUCAUCGCCCAGCACGCCAAGAACAAGGAUAAGUUCGAGAGCGUGGAAGAGGACUGGAAGUAUGUCGCGAUGGUGCUCGACCGAAUCUUCCUUUGGAUUUUCACGCUGACCUGCGUACUCGGAACGGCGUUUAUUAUCUGCCAGGCGCCGGCCUUGUACGAUUACUCGUUGCCAAUCGAUAUCAAAUACAGCAAGAUUUAUAAGAAGAAGCUAAUGCUGAGGAUGGGCAUGGGCCCCGAGGAGGACUAGUCGACGAUCCCGCGCGGCCCGGUGCCGCGUCCACAACGGCGGUCGAACGAUCGGUGGCGUCGUCGACGACGUCGUUGCCAUUGCUAUCGUCGUUGUCGCCGUCGCCGUCUUCACUGUCGUCGCCGUUGUUGUCGCCGCCGUCGCCGUCGCCGCCGGCGUCGCCGCCGCCGCCGCCGCCGCCGCUGCCGUCGCCAUCGUCAUCGCCACCGCUGCCGUCGCCGCCGCCGCCGCCGUCGCCGCCGCCGCCGCCGCCGCUGCCGCCGUUAUCAUCGUCGUUGCCGUUGUCGUCGUCGCUGUCAUUGCCGUUUCCCGCGGCCGCCCAUCAUCGAAACUGCCGAUUUUCGCGUCGACAUGGAAGAGGAACUCUCUCUCGAUCGCCGGUGUCAAAGGUACGCGGUUCCGGAUGGCUCCAAAGAUGGACAUGCAAGUGAGGGGGAAUGCGAUGAGACGAGCGGGUCACGAGUGGCCCUUCUGGGAUAAAUCCGCGGAAGCGGGAUUACCAUUUCCCCUCCUCAAAGAGGGCGGAUCGGUUGAACUUUAGUCCGAUACUACCCUUCGGGAUGGAGAUAAGGGCGUGCGACUGCAUGAUACACGAGAGUAAGCGAGCUUUCGUGGCAGAAUGAAAUAGCGAGAUAGAGCGUACAUCCAUACGCGUAUGUCUAUACGUGUGCAGGAGAGACAGAGCGAAACGGAGCGUGAAAGGGUGCGAGAGGGAGGGAGAGAAAGGGGAUGACAGAACAAACGAGUGAGGUAGAACGAGAGGUUGAACGAGAGAGAGAGAGAGAGAGAGAGAGAGAGAGGUGAAAAAGUGCCAAAUACGCGAAAAAACACGCGCAUCGUAUUUUUGUAAAUCUGGUUUCAUACGUAAGGCUAGAGUCGUGCGGCGAGACGUCGAACUGCCCGAACUGCCGAUUUUAUAUAAGAAGACGUUUACAGCGCGAGGAGAAUGCGUUACACGCCGAGGUACACAUGCAUUAACACUAUACAUACGAAUACAUUGCACACGUUUGGCAUAAUACAUAUUACCUACAUAUACAUAUUACCUACACAUACCAGCACCAACGUCAGCUCUCGUACACGGCGUAUAUUUGUAUAUUUACCACGUGUUUUGGAGGAAGAUACGCGUGUCCAUUUUUUCGGUACAUCGCGGGGCAUGGCACGAGAGACGUUUUUCACGCGCGUAUUCGUGUUGACAUGGCAAAGGGGAAUCUUUUUAAGGGAAUCUGAACAAGUCCCCAUUUCUUCUCGUCAGGUUUCUGCUAUCAGGAUUUUUAUUGAUCCAAACCUAAUCCGUUUCUCAAAAUUAUUUAAAUAUUCGUUAGACGAAAUAACUAAAAAUUUGAAAUUUGCCGAUCUAUCGAUCGAUUCUUCGUCGAAUCGUUGGUUUUUCUCUCGCCAAGGUAACGAUCGCCAUUCGGACGUACCACCAAUAUCGACGCGAGAAUGAUCCGACAUUCGAGCAAUUUACGCGAGCGGCCAAUCAUCGAAGCAAAUUAUCCAGUUGAUCGAUUAUUCCGACGUAUCGAGUGGCUCGGACAGCAUUCAAGCGCCUGACGAGAGCGGCACGACUACCGGGAAUAAUUGAUUGGCAAAAUAAUUUGCGCGAAGCGUCCACUUACCAGCUUGUCCCAUAAUUAAUGCCAUUGAUUAAUGCCGAUCUACGGACAGAUUAUGUUUCUGGACGCUCUCACCUUUGCCGUGUAACGCGCGUGAUCCAAAAAUCGCGGAUAAGGAGUUUGAGGAAGAGGCGGUGGCAAGUCAGAAGAGAAUCGCGCGAGGAAUAAACGUAAAUAUCGAGCAACAACCUUGCGAACAACUGCCAAUUUUAGAUGCGGUCGCUGUCUAAUCUAUUUAAUCGUCUUGUAAGGAAAAUGAUUGUGAGGUAAGUGAUAUACGGUGAGAUGAAAAGAUAAGGUGAUGAAUGGACGGGACGGUUUAUAACGAUAGCGGUAUGCCGAGCAUGCCGGAAAGAGGUUUUAGACACGAGCCAGCUCGCCCCACGUGCCGAAACAUUCGAUCGAAUAAUUUUGUUGCUCUUUCGCGAAUUUUCUUUAUUCUUGUUCUGAGAAAAAGAACUUGCUUUGUAUAUUUUUUUUAUUUAUUUAUCAUAUAUCCACAAGACAAAUUUCGUAAUCUCGUAAUUUGUAAUCUCGUUAAAAAAUUAGAUUACAUGACGAUGACUCACGAAAUAUAUUGAAUAAUCACACCGUGAAUAAAUAAUCGCGAUAAUCCACCCGCAGAUCAACUCGAGAUGCAACUCGAUUUGCGAAUACGAUAUUUGUUUCGGAUAUUGAAGAUUCUCCUGUUAACAAAUGUCUGUAAUGAUCGUUAUCGGAAGAUAACAAUUAUUAUUUUAACCGAACAAUCGACAAUUAUUAAUUUGCAUUUGCUAAAACCAAUCGACGCAGUCCAAUAAACAUUAUUAAUUAUUAAUCAUUGAAAAAGCGGCGGGUUUCUCAAAAAGACGAUACGAAUUAUAACGUUCGCGCGCACGUGUAACGCCGUUUAUUAAUUAUCCCCGCGUGAGCAUUCAUCGUCAUAAAAACGGAGAGAGUUCCAUUUUAGUCGUAUAUUAUGAAGCACGAGGAGCUGUGCGAAGCUGGCUCGUCCGGAGCCACGAACGUCAGUCGCGGGAUCGUAAUUCACCAUUAAUCUCUUCUUCGGCUUCCUCUCCUCGAUCGCAGCUGCAUCAUCGAUCGCGGCGCUGCCUCUAAAUUCUUCUUUUUGCUGCGUGUACACCCGCGGAUCAAUACCGCGUUCUCGCGAAAAGACGAGAGGAAGGAAGAGAGAAAGAGGAAACACAUCCAGACGAGAGAUGAGAGACGCAAGAAGGCUUUCGACGCGUAUGUGCAAGUGUAUGUACGUUUUGUGUGCGUGUGUGUGCGUAUGUAUGUUUUUUGUAUGCGUGCGUAUAUGCGCUCACAUCGUCGCGAUCGGUCGACGUAGCCUCGUCGAGAGCGUUUCGACGUCUCUCACGGUGAGAGUGAAACUGGGUGGCGAGAGGGUAGAAAGAGAGUGUUAACAGGAGCCAAAAUGACGCGGCGGGAAACGCGAAACACGAGACGGAUACACCUACCCGCCGCGCGCCGUCGGGCGGGAAUAAGAACGCGAGCAGAAGUUAAGGAUGACACGUUUUCGGAUAGUUUUUCCGUCGGAGACGAGAGAGGGAAAAGAAGCGAAGAGGCUUCGGGAGGUCGGCCGCGGAGCGGAGCGGUGACGGAGGGGUUGACGAGAGAACGGGGAUGAGGAGAGACACAGGACGUAAUUAGAGCCGCUGGAGAUUAAACACUCACGAGCGACCGCGCACACAACGUACACGCGGUACACACGUACACGCCUACGCACGCGCUUGAUACAAAUUCCAUAGGUACACGAAAGGACGCACUCUGUCUAUACAUGUAUACACGCAAAUAUACAUACAUACAUACAACAUACAUACAUACAUAGAUACGUACGUAAAAACGUACGUACGUACGUACGUACGUACACAUUGUUUAUACGCCGAUGAGAAACGAGUGGAGAGGAGGCGAGGACCGAAAGGGGGGCGGUAGGGCGCUCUCGCCUGGUCCUCGCCGGCGAUAUAAUAAUCAAUUUAUUUGCUCACGUAAAAGGUAACGGUAUAAUAUAUUUCAUAUAUGUGCAUAAUAGGUGUAGAAAAAAUUAAUUACACUAAUUAAUUGUACAAUCCGUGAGAGAGAAGAAAGUGGCAGAUAAGAGAAAGAACGGGGGACGGACAUUUCGCUCGCCGGGCCGCGUGAAGGGUGGCGGGCAGUGCUCUGUUGAUGAUGUUUGUGACAGGUGGAACAUGAGGUUUGGUGUUGCCGUCGCGUAUACGGAUCACCAGAUAGGAGAUCAAGAUACACGUGUCCUAGUGCGUGAUCGUGAAGGGGGGGUGGGGGGAGGAAGUAACGCGAGUCGAUCGAAGGAGCCGGAUUAUAGCGUGCUGGGACUCUCCCGUGAUAGCGAGAGGACAGCUCGCGAGGACGGGGCAAAGUGACGAAGUGGAGGGGGGAGGAAAAGCGAAGGACCAGGAAACGGGGGUGGCACGAUAAGGAGAUGAGAGAAAGUGCGAGGGCUCCCGAUAAUCAUCGCGUCAGUUCUUACCGAUCGCCGAGGGGAUUGACUUUGCCCAACGUGGAAGCGAUAGCCAAGCUGCCUCGGCAAUUAAUUAACGGAGCGACAUGGGACGAGGACAACCGUCGACGAGGUGGACGAAACACGGCCGCGUUGUACCAAGGAAGAAAGAACGGAUGGAAUGAGGCGAGGAGAGAAGAGAGUGGCACGAUGAACAAUGGCGGGUGAGUCGACAAAGCGGCCGUAAAAUCGCCGAUAUCCGCGGCAUUCUCGUGAACGGUUAAUCGCGAGCGGGACAAGUAACGUGUCAUCGAGAGCGUGUCGUUGACGGGGAGAUCGGGACAAACCGCGUGGCGACUGAUUUUCGAUGACGACAGUUUAACUCCGGCUGACGAUCGUAGGAACUAAUUUUCGGGUAAAACGAGCGUAAUUGAUCGUUCGAUCUGCUCUCGUCCAAUUUGUACAUUUCGUUUUGCAAGCGUUAGAUCGAUCGACUGAGAUCAAUAAUGGAAUAUACGUAAUUUCUAAACCCUUUUAAACCCUCUCUUCGUAAUAAUUGCAAAAAGAGACCGGUUCAGUUUUUGUACUAAACGACUGUCAACAUAAAGAUAUUAAAGAGAUAAUCCAUCGCAAGGGGAUGAAAUUGUGAGUUCACCCUUCUAUCCUUUCAAUUACUUUUGACGUCAUGGAUAAGAAAAUUCUUAUCCAAACGUCGCUCUUUCUUUUUCGUGGAAACGAUAAAAAAUUGAGUUGUGGCACAGAUCGUUAUUAUCUGUAUUUCUUUCGUCUCUGCUAUGUAUUAUAUAACAAAUGCUUUUCCCCGCCAGAUAAAAUUUUCCCAUCUCUCCUUCUCGAUUUCGCUUCUCUCAAUUUCCCUUCCCCCAAAUUCGAUCAGUUCACACGAUAACCAUCAAAUCGGCGAAUUUAUCUUGGCAGCCGGGUAUUUUAGGGUAAUUUCGCGUCAGUGUCGCACUGAUUUGUUAUGAAUGCAUGAACGCGCGAAAUGAAUCGCAGGGUAGGGGAAGGCAUUACGGGCACCCUACCUCCACGUUACACAUUACAUCAAAACCGCGUUUGCCACACGAGCGACGCAAAGCUCAUUUUCGCGGCGACCUGUGUCAUCGAAAAUUGGUCGAAGUGAGAAAGGGUUCGAAAAUAGUGACGCGCGCGGAUGAAAGGGGCAGAGGGAAAGAGAGAGAGAGAGAGAAAGGCAAACGCAGAACGAUCUGAUUCCCCGUCUGCGGCCGCGGUUAAUCGAUACUGCGUGGCUAGAACACAAGCCGAUAAAGCGCGCGCCAACGACCGUUACGAUAAUAAAUAAAUAUCGAUUAUCGCACGAUAUAUAUGUAUAUAUAGGGAGAUAAGGGGCAGCAUGAGAUGCCUCGAGUCUCAUCCUUUACGGCUCGCAGCCCGCCGCCAUUCUCUCGAGCGAUAACCGUAACCAACAGUAUAUAAUAAUUGAUGCACUUGUAAUGAUCGACUUUCUCGACGAGACGGAGAGGAAGAAAAAGAAGAAAGAAACGGAUGAUAAUAGCGACAAUGGUAGCGACGACGACGAGGUAUAUAUAUAUAUAUAUAUUGUUAGUUAGAGCUCGUAAUCGGUGAUAAUUGAUCGUAACGCGUACGAUGAUACAGCGACGAGUGUACAUAGAAGCGAGAAGAAGAGCGUGAACGUUGCUGAACCCCAAAAUCCGCGAUUGCGAGAGUCGCGCAUUGAAUCAAGUCCGCAGAUCGAUCGCGUCGCCUCAACUUAAUACAAUAGCGCGAUCGGCCGGAGAUUCCAAGUAUCCGGCGAUCGGGCAAAAUUAUUAUUACUGUAGAUUCUUGUUGUAAGAGGAGAAGAGAGCGAGCCAGAAUCUUGGCGCAAGAUUCGUAAGCGGAUAGAUAUUUACGAUAAUUGUAAGUAUUAUUGAAAGGUAUAAUGAGAACGCCGAGCAUUUCAGUCCACUUUGAGCUAGCUCUCCUCGAUGACUCGGAAAGCUCGGACUGUUAUAAAGUUAUAUAAAAGUUGUGUAACUGAAGUCUAUAUAGACCGGAAUCGAACUUUGGAAUUGAGUUGACAUUCACACAGUUAAAUCGUUAAUGUUGCAUUAAAUUACUCGAUUGUUGUACAUUGUUGCGCAAUUUGCAACACAAUGUUGUGUCGGCGAUGUCAAAGGAGCGACAUUCAAAUAUCAACAGUGAGCGGUUAUUUCAUUUGAAACAUUAUCUUGCACAAUUAUUGCACAGAGACAUUUCCUCAUUUUGUUAUUUGUCGGAUCCUAGAUCGCGCUACGGGAAUCGUGUACAGUUACAUAAAAGCUAUAUAACUCGAUCGGUGGAAUCCUAUAAAUAUUAAAUAAACGCUAUCCAUCGCACAUCGUCGUUGCCUCAUAGUCAACGGAACACGUAUAUGACGUGUCGGAAGAGUGGAGCGCCCUUUCGUCCCUUCCACGAGAUCUCAUCACUCCGUAAAUGUUGCCAGAAAGCCCCAAUCACGCGUCUUCCUGUAAUCGAACUACUCUCUCUAUACUCCCGCGUUAAGAAAAAAUAAGUAAAGAAAGAUUCGCGUGCGGAAAUGAGACAAUUUUUUCUCGAUAAUUCCCACGUUCGAAGAAGAUUUGACGAAAAGCUUUAUCUGUAAAUUAAAGCGCGCAUCGCUUCUGCGAACGACUUUCUUUCAGCAUUUUUGGUGAUUAUUUGUUUCUUUUUGUUUGACUAUUGUCAUAUCUUUAUAUAUUCUUAUUUCACACGGACUUUAAUGUAUUAUAGAAUCUCAAUUUUUAGCAUUUUUGUUUUACUGCAGCUUUGGCAAAAUUGCAAAAAGGACUGCGAUAUCCAAAUUUUCAACGGCAUUCAAGUUUCAAGAAAAUCAAAUGUGUUCUGCAUUGUAAGCACGAAUGUGCCGCAAUUAACAAAAAUGUGAUCAACACAAUUAUAUUGCAAAACAAUGUCAUCGACGAGAGCCGUUAUCUAUCAAGUCGGGGGAGAAUCGGGUCGCGAGAUAAUUGCAAUUGCCCUUCCCCCGUCCCCUUGAAAUCAGCGAUUUCCGUUUUUAUUUGUCGUUGGCCGCUACCUCUGUCAUUUUACACGUUCCGCGCGUCCGAGAUAGUUUCAUUACACUCGCCCUGGCAGGAACGUAGCUCCACCGGUGUAAUUGAAUUUUUCAGUCACCUCAGCCUUUGGCAGAAACGUGAUUCAUUAGUAGUGCAAACGGCGAUGGAAAAUUAGGACGCGAGUGCAAAGUAAACGAACGAACGGAUGGACAGACGGACGAACGAACGAACGAACGGACGGACGGACGAACGAAGGACGUGAGCACGUGUGGAUUAGGUAAGUAAGUUUUGAUUUCGUGCUCCGCGACUGACCGAAAUUUCAGAGAUCACGUUUUGCGUGGAUUUUCUCUCGCGUUAUUUCCUCUGCUACUUUUUUUCGGUUUAUUCUCGCUGUUUUGCUCAUGUAAUGGGCGUGAAAGCUCGCGGUCUCAAUUAGCAUUAUUAUUUUAAUAAUCCAACUUUAUUGCGAGGAAAGAGUUUUGUAUGAAAUGUAGAAAUGAAAUUCGUCGGUAGUAUGUUAUGUAAUUUAGUGCGAUUGAUACCGUUUUUCGUAUUUGAUUGUUUAUCGAGUAUCGCGUCGCUAAUUACAACAAUUGAAAUUUUGAGUAAUUGCCGAUUAAAGAGAGUGUCACACUACACGUGAAUUUAUAAAUCGAGAAUAAGAUUAGCAGAAACAUUUCUGGCCAGAUUAUUUCGAUUAGUUAUUGAUUAAUCCCGAAUUAAGAUCGUUAUCAUUUCCAUAUUUAUAUUUUUAUCUUUGGUCAUACGUUCUCUUUAUAGUUUGCGAAAUCGCCGUGCAUCGGCCCGGAUCUUUACAAAUGUGAUGCAGUUUGGACAUGCUCCAAAGUCUCUCCCGUUCUUGCAUCUCUAGAUUUACACAUCUAGCGUGGAGUCACGUCGUCUCGCGUCCGCAGGAUCAAUGAAGAACACGAGGACACGUAUGAGCAUGGCAACACUCGUAGUUGUCUUUGAUCGUUUAGGAAAUUGCAUCGCAAAUUUCAUUUUCGCAAUGCUCGAGAGUAUUACGUACGUGUACAGAGUUUGCCGCAUACGCUGUCUGCGUAUGCAAUAUAUAAACGGAUAAAGAAGAUAAGUCGAUAGCUUUGCGAAAUUUUGUUUGCCUCUGAUUUUUCACUUUCCGUUGUAUUUUACAUCGACUACUUUGCAAUACAUUGGACUACUAAAAACAGUGUCGUUUGUUUGAAUUGUCGGUCGCAAUUGACGGUCGAAUUGUAAAUUGAGUAAUUAAUGGUCGAAUUAUAAGCGAUACAAGCUCGAGAGUUUCUCCGACGAAUCAAGUUUCCGGAACGCGCGAGUUCCGAAUAACAAGGUCCUAUUCUUCGCUUACUUCGCUUACUGGUAAAAGUUUACUUCAACUCAAUUAUACCGGAAUAUUUAAUUGUUGAGAAUUAAGGGAUUGAAAAUGGGGUCCAAUUAAGUUUCCGCUGAGGACGAGUACUCACAAUUACUGAGGAAUCUAGUAACCAAGACAAUGGCACUUGAGGUAUCAACCGUCAGAUUUGAUGCUGUCCACUUUUGAUACACACACUGAAAAAAAAUUUUGUUGCGUUAAUAGGAAUUCUGUUAGAUUCAACCGGUAUGUCCGUUCCAAAAUGGACGAAUCAGAAAUCUUGUAGAAAUUACCAAAUUAUAGUAAAAAACGUUCUGAUUAUAAUAACCAGAAAUUUCGCUUAGUUUCACCAGAAACAUUCAAUUAUAUAAGUUUCGUUAAAUAAUCGGAUAAUUUUUCUCAAUGCAUACAAGUAGCUGAUUGUGAUAACGUAAGAACAGGCUAUGAAGCGAUUGAAGGCGAAAUUUCUUUCGAUAAGAGAUAUUUAGGAGAGAGGGGGGGGACAAAAGAGAAGUCAUCUAUCAAUCUAAAAUUAAGAAGGACGGAACUUUGCAGCACUCUGUACACGUGCUGACGCGAUACGGUAGCUUGAUAUUAUUUAACAGACGGAUCAUGUGCAGCGUUAAAUUGCGCUAUGAUCAUCAACGCGUGCAUUCAGAGGAGACAACAGUUGAAUAGCAAUUGAAUCGCUAUCGAAUCUGAUUCGUCGAAUCUAGGGGUACAUGUCAAUAACAUUCAAUUGCCGUGCGAUCGUUCUCGCCGUUGAAUGCAUCCAUCAUUGAGCUUUAACGUCGGUGUGCUUAACGAACUUACAAACGUCAUAUAUCCGCUCAUAUAUUCCAAGUGAACGGAGGAGAGACGAGGAGAAGGUGCAGAAAUAAUAGGCGAUCGCGUAUUGCUAUAUAGCAAGAAAACCGUCUUCCUACCUUGAAACUUUUUAUUUUCUCGUGCAGUCCUCGUGCAUCCGCGAACGGUCGGAUUGCAUUAUUAUAGCGUACUGUACCACGUAUACACGUAAAACUAUAAUAGAGAUUGUACAAACUCGUGUAUAUAUUUACGCGCAAGGAGCAUGGAGUAGGUCGUUAAGUAGCUUAGUAAAUCAUAAGGAAUAUAUAUACUUCGCGUAAGUAAUAUUUUAGGUAGACGUCUCUUUGGAUUGUGGCCCACUUGCACAUAUGGAGGACAUCUGCUGUCGAAACUCGCGAGACACUCGCGUGCAGUUAUUUAAUCAUCGAUUUGACAGUCUGAUUUUUUUUUUUUUUUUUUUUUUUAUAGUCCGUUUGAAACGUAAUCGGCGGAAUAAAAACUCAUUUUCGUUACUGGUGCAUUUGACAGAACAUUUUUCAACAAGAUUUGGCUAGUUAAACGAUUUGCGGGCUUAAACAGUCUGGCAUAAUUUUAAUAAUUACUAUAAAAUCAAUCGGUAGUGAUUUAUGAAAAAGCGGACAAUUAGCCAGAGUGGAUAUUCGACGCUAGCAAAAUCGUAAUAAUCUUUCAGUCAGUAAUAGCCGUAAAUUUGGUAUACCAAUAUUUGCUGCAAUAACAAUUUGCGUGUGCUAUGCGAAAUGUUGCAAUUAAUUCUAGAUAUUUCGUCACAUUACAGGCAUAAUAUGCUGUGCGUGACGUGUCGAACCUGGUUUCGAAAGCUAAUCGAUUUAAACGAAAUAUUACCUCGGAAAAUUGUUUGGUAAUAUUUCUCGCUCUUUUGCAUUCGAUGGAAAAAACACGAAAACAAAAUUUGCUUUAAACUUGUAAUGCGGCAGUGAAUUUUCAUAUUAUUAUUAUUAAUGAUUAUAAACUAUUUAAUAUAUAUGAUCUUUUAAAUUGAAUUUUUACAUACACAAUUGUCAAUGAUAAAUUUAAUCGAUCACGUAGCUACGGUCAAACUAUCUUGCAAGUUAAAGAUGUCCUCUCUGAGAUAAUUAUGUAUUAAAGAAAUUGUUAAGAAAAUGUGGGUCACAGUCACAAAACGCUCAAUGAAACAAACACUUAUUAUCAGAAGCUCAAAGAGUACCGCGAAGCAUUCUUGUCUGGCCGAUCUCGGGGUGAUCUGAGAAAAGUGUGGAACGGAAGAAAGGGUUUGUCAUAAUAGAGAUUGGCGUUUUGCCUUUGCUCGGUGAGAACAUUAUUUAGCAUUAAUACUUUACAUCGUAUUGAAGAUUUCCGUGAUAUUUUUCGAGUCGAGAAAAAAGUUGAAAAGGAAAGAAGAAAAACAGGAUAUCGAAAAGCUCGAGCAAUUCAGACAAAUUUAUAAUAAUGAACGAAACGAAGAAUUGUAUGCAAUCAUGUGUAUAUGAAAAUUUUCCAUUUUUAUCACUACAAUAUUUCUACCUUGUUUUGUAUCACUAAAUGGCGCGUUUGUUCAUAACUUUGUGUUGCCGUUCGGUAAAUCGAUAGUGUAUAGCUUAUUUAAUUUUCUACCGUCGAGCACAGCACGUUGUAAUUAGAAAUACUUUUGAUUCGAUUAAAGCUCUCUUUAAAGUAACGAGCUGCAUUCUUUUUUCAAUAUUUUUUUUGAUACAACUUAUUAAAUCAAAUGACAAAACUUAUUAACAUAUUAGUUAAGAAAAGAAAAUGAUGUUGCUUAAUUACUUUGACAACAUCUUAUGAUAUUGUGGUAGUUCUCUUUUACUUCUUCAUCAAACUUCAUUAUCAAAUUUAUAUAAUAUAAUUAAAGAGAAUUAAUUGACAAAUGAUGCAAACUUUUUUGUAUAGUUUGAAAAUCUCUAAAAAUUUUGUGUACAUACUCAUAACUAUUUUUCUCCUUUUCGUCCCGCCGCCAAUGCAAUUUUUUAAGGGAAGUAAACGAUAAUCUAAUCAUAUUGCACAAUCAAACAUUAGAAUUACGUCGCGAUUUGAUGAAGUGUCCACGAUUUAUACGAAUAAAUAUUCAUAAAUUGUUUAUGAGCUUUCUCGAAAAAAAGUUUAGAAUCUAGAACAUAAAAAUAAGGGAGGCAUUAACACGUUUAUGUGGAUAUAGCCGAAUUUUUUACGGCGUUCGCAAAGUCGAAAAAUCCGAGCUUCUUUCCGGAUUCGCAAAUUUGUUUCGUGACACGCGAACAAAUCCGCGUUGCUCACACAAGUUUCCUCUUCCGGCACGAGAUUAUAUCGUGACUGGCUAAAUAUAAUAAAGUGGACAAAAUGUUGCCGAGGUCAACGGUACAUGCAGUAAUUACAUCGUGUAAGUUUUUGUGAAUGUUUUGUAGAACUGUAAGCAUUGCGAGGCAUUUUUGCACGAGGGAGGAAUGCGCCAUUAAAACGGAGAGAGAAAUUUUACUCUAGGAUAUAAGAAUAAGAAACAAUUUCAAUUAACGGAGGAAGAUAAAUAUUUGUACAUAAACACCAUUAUAUAAAUGUUUUUGUUUUAAGGAUUCGCACGUACGUUUCACAAUGAAAGGUCGCCCUUCGUAUUCUCCUUAAUAAUUUUAUUCGAAUAGGAAAGAAUGAAUCUUUUAUAUCUAUUAAUAUGUAAAGUGUAACGAUCGCUACGUUAUCCUUAGAGACACCAUAAACAUUUGUAUUUAUUGAACUUUAGCAGUCGUAUAUGUGAAGAGCGAAGAAGUUAAUUUGCGGUAAACGUAAUGUCGCGGCGAGUCAUUCUUCGCUCGUUCCUCGCAAGGACGUCUUCGAAUUAAGAUCAAGCGUCUUUACAGGUCGUUCUCGCGCAAUCUUACGCGACAAGCGUUUUUGAAACCGCAAACGUAGCUCUAGAGCGCUCGAGAACGUAGGUCAUUAACGAGGCGAGGCGUCGAUCAAGGCGGACACUUAGUAGAGAAUUACUAUCGCAUGUCUUCCUGUAAGUACCCUUCGACUUUAUGAGACUCUUUGUGCGCGUUCGCGCCAAUUACCUUCCGAAGAAUUGUAUCCUUCGCGGCGGCAAAGUUGUACGGUGGAUCGCCGGGGGAAGUAGGAGAGACGGCGGAGAAAGCGUCAACGAUGAAAGGCUGACAAAGUGAUUCUUCUUUCAUCGCUUUGUCGCGAGAAAAGCCUUUUUGCAUAAUUCCCGUUUGCCUCGCUCUUGCCUCGCUGAUGUGGCCCUCUCACAGCUGCGUUCGAUCGCGACACCGAGAGCGAAUGCACAGUCGAAUAACUUUCGGUGACAAGAAUAAUGAACAGUGCACCGAUAGUACCGGUUGUGAUCCAAACCUGGUUGGCGAAACGAGUUUCCGGCAAGUCGAGAGAAAUAAGUGGAUUGGAUUACUUCCCUCGGAGACCAUCGAUGCGGAUCGCGCUGCGAACGUAAUCCGGAAGAUCUUCAUCUGGUAUUCCGAAAAUGAGUUGGCAAGAAACAAAAGAAAGAAAAAUGGCAUAUUUAUCUGAUAUAUUUGAUUCGCUCGUUUCUUGUUUAAGAGAAGAUCGGAGAUUAAAACCGCCGCGCGCCGUGCAUGACUGCUCAACGUGACCGCUUUCCCAUUGGAUGAUGAAGAGCUCCAUUAAGCGCGAACGUAGUAGUUUUGAUGUUGGUUCAGCUUGAAAGACAUAUUUACUUACUGGUUGAUUUACUUAUGCUUCCACGAAACUUCGAAUGGAGCUGUGCUCCGCGUUGCAAGUAAAUAAAUUACCUAUCCCGCGUCACAUGGAGAAGACGAAACAUAAUAUUCCGUUGAAGCAAAGGCUACUUAAUGCAGUCACAACAAUUUAAGGCAAUUAACUCUUUCUCAGAGAAAAUAACGAGGCCAAAGAGCACAACGGAAACUGGAUUUACUUUAAUUCAAGUAGAACUUUCAUCCGGGGAUUAAAUUUAAGCAGUCCGGGUAUAAUCAGCUUGAAGAGGAGAGGAGCAAACACGGUUCAGGAACACUGAGCAGGAAGUGGAUUCUCCGUCCACUAAAGGCUCGUUCUUCUCUCUCACUGUUCCCCUCGCCCAUUCGUCGAAACGUUCGCUCGACAAACAAAGGGCGAGAGGAGAGCAGCAAAAUUCGCGAGACAAACGGCCCCGCUUCUUCUUCUUCUUCUUCUUCUUCUUCUUCUUCUUCUACUUCUUCCGUAUCGUCGUCGCGCAACGCGCCUCGUCGAGAGACACGCAGGUGCGAUUUCGCGCCUCUCUGUUUUAGCCAGAUGGUACACCGCUCUAGAGAUAAUUGAAGUAAAUUCGACCAAACUGCACAGACUGCCGAGGGAGUAAACGACCCUCUUUCUUUUAUACCGCCGAUCAGGGGCGCCCGCGAGGAGAGCCGAGAACUGUAAUCCGAUGCUAACAGUUACAGCGAGUAUUUCGACCAAGACACCAACUGCCUACAUCUCGAUAUCAUCACCCGCCCGCGACGGAGCUUCAUCAAAGAUCAGUACGCCUGUCUCGAUCUUCUCCCUCGAGACCUCUUACGCGUUUCUUCAGGAGCGGAAGAUAGUCGAGGAUGCAAAAAUGUUUCUCUGUGCGAAACGAUGCGCUUUGUCAUAAUACGCUGUUUACUCUUGUCAUUACACGAAUAUUUUCUCCUCGGCGAGCGGAGCUUUCGCCGGUCGUCAAAGACGGAGCUUUUUCGUCAAAGAUGUUCCAUGGCUGCUCGACUACGUUAUUCAGCGAUCAGAAAACAUUUUUGACGCGAGCAAAGCGGAAGAAAUUGGAAGUGCCGAGUCGCUGUUUACGUAUGUCGCGGGCAUACGUUUUCCUCGACCUGGGAACGUGCGUCGACGUACAUCGCGUGUGUAAAUAAAUAAAAUGUUCGUCCUGGCGUGAAAACGGAUGCAGCUCGCAGCCGAGCGCAGAUUCGCGGAAUUGAAUUACAAUCGGCUCGGGGCGCAGCCGCUCCGACGACGUUGCGCCGGAGUCAUCAGAGCCGCGAGCGAAAAGACAAGAGGUUUUUCUCUUCGAUCCUCUCCCUUUUUUUUCCAGCCACACGAAAAUACAUCUAAGCAAUAUGCUUUUCCCUUCCCCCUUCCCCCACCCGCCGUGAACGCGAGAACAUUGUUAGUGACGUCGCUACUAUUGUCGGUAUAGUGAUAACCGCUGUCUUUGUAAUAUGACUGUCAUUGUUACACGCUGUUACUGUUAUCCAUUGUCGUCGCGUCACCGGCUUUCGACGCGUCGACCGACGACGGAGCCUCGAGCGUGUCCAAAGAGCGGACGUGAACGCGCGCCGGUCCUCUCGUUGUCGGCAUUUCACGACUCGCUGAUUUUGGUCGCACGCAAACGUCACUGAGACUUGCAAAAUUCAAGAGCGGCCAUAAGCCGCGGAAACGGUUCGCCGAACGCGCGGACGCUUUUUAGAUCACGGGAUGGUUUGACCAUGACCAAUUUGCGGUCGGGCGUGCACGUCCGACGAAUUCCAGUCGUUACUGCAGCAACCGCGGGAGCGUACGCGCGUUAAGCGUACACCUCUCACGCGCUUCCGGCGUUAAUUAUUGACAUUUUGUUUAACGCAAUAAAUGCAUCGAAACGAUUUAAUGAACCGCCAGAGCCAAAAGUGGAUGGCGAACGAUUUUGCGCGUUGUUUUUAGUAAUGCGGAUUAAAAGCUGAAUGAAAAUGGCCGAUCUUGAAUAUAUUUACGGAUGAGUACGAUUCAUCGUGGACGAUGCAUCCCUAGAUGCGAUUGUUCAAACAACGGAAGGGCCGAGCGUUCCUUCACACUUUCGAAAAGUGUUAGUUAUAUAUACUUUGUAUGUGCGCGCGAUCAAUCGUCGGAACUUGGUCGGCGAUUGGGAUGUCGCGCAUGACGAGAACGAUCGAUGGCGAGUCGAUGGGGAUUCGAUAGGAUGCUGCGCGGAUGUGUCGAAGCGCGCGAUGGGGAAUAAGGAUUAACGCGUAAUCGAGAGACAGCGAAGGGCGAAGGGCGAUGAGCGAGGCGCGCCCAUCUUGUAGUUGCCGAGUGGACAUUUCCGGGGGGGACUCUCCAAGUCCCUUCGCGCGAUCAAACGGAUUUAAUCGAAAUCUUUGCUCAACGUUGUGUAUGUGUUACUUAACGCUAAAACAAAGUUACUCUCUACAGUCGAAGGAUUAAACUGCAAACUCGGCUGUGCGAUCGUCGACGAGGGAUGAACGUUUAAUCGCACCGACCCCGCGUGUGCGCCAGAGCCGAGAGAGACAUUGUUAUCAUUUUAUCGGACCGACGUACGCCGGUUCGUUUGUAAAUUACACGCGACGUAGUGUUUGUACCAUCGGAUGCGACGAGACCGUAAAGUCCGAGUGCUGGAUGGAUAUUAGACAAUUAAACGUAAAAAUAGCGAUAUCUCGACGCGUUAAUGAUUGUAAUAAGUGAAUUAUAUAAGAGUAAAAACACGAAAAUACCGUAACUAUAAGAAUAAUAAACGCAUAGUAAUAAUAGUGAUAAAUAGCAAAUAAUAAUAAUAAUAAUAAUAAUAAUAAUAAUAAUAAUAAUAACAAUAAUAAUAAAAAUAACGAGAUAAUUAUAAUAAAAAGUAACAAUGACGUUGAACAACAAUAUUAAUAAUGAUUCUUACCCCUAGAGUGCUAAUUAAACUCAAGAUAAGAAAAAGUAUUACGGCAUACUGUUAAUAAUUAUCGUAAAUGACUAUUAGUAAAGGAAGAGGAACUCAUGUAAAACUGAUAGUAUUGUUAAGACAAUCAGACUUUUAUUGCUCCGGCCACCAAGCAGGGCCAUCCAUGAAUAUUUGUUGCCGAAUUCGCCGUUCGGCGGCGAACGUUGAGGAGAACACGGGAAAAUAUAUCGAUCCCCUACCCCCCUUUUUUACGAGUUCCCGUAAGGUAGAAAGGAGAUACGGAAGCGGGAGAUGCGGAAACGAAUGAAAUGAGAGCAAGUGGAAGAGGACGAGACAGGCCGGACCUUGGACGCAGCCUCCUCCCCUGCACUCACCCACGCCAUUCAUUCCUCGUUCGCGAUGGAGGAGCGAACGCGAGAAGGGACACGCGCGAGGUAGAACCGGAAGUGGAAGGAACGCGGAGGAGCAAACGAGGAUUCGGCACGCGAGUGCGUCGAGGGUGUGCCGCCAUUUUUGUACGCCUCACAUUUUCUACGAUUAAACGAAACGCGCGAAAGAAGCAAGAGACUAUAAAAAGAAGUGAUUUUAAGGAAACGCGCGGAGAAGGGUGUCGUCGCCGUUGUGAUUUUUGCGGCGGGUCUCGCGGCGCCGGUGAUUUUUUUUUCUUUCUCGCCUUAGCCGGGACUCCCCGGGGGAUGAUUGGCGACACGCUGCCGCGCUUCUCAGUUUUUUGUGGCCCGUUCCUGCCAGCGCGUUUCGUUUUCCAUGCGGAAGGGUCGAAAGGACGCGGAAAUGUGUCCGUGCAUAUUUUGCAUCGCAUGAAUACACACGUGUACACACACACACACACACACACACACACACACACACACACACACACACACACUCACAUAUGCACACGCCCAUAUGCACAGAGAGUAUCGCGCGCUUUUCUCCUCGUCGAUAAAGUGCAAUUUCUCGAAUCGUUUCUCGGAUAGAACAACCGGAAGGAAAGGGCGAAUCAAAAAAACCCCUUAAUUGAUUUCGAGUAAAUUUUAUUCUACAAGUGUACCAAUCUGAGAGUUAAUGAAAAACAUUUAACGAGACAAAUUGAAGCUGUCAACGUUAAAUGAAGUAGAAUAUUUGUUGAUGAAAGAACCGAACGUGUGUAAUCGAGGGAAAGCGUGCGAUUUCCGAUACGCGCACACGCAUAUAUGCAAGAAUCGAUACGGAACCUUCAAAGGGUCAUACGCACACCAAAUAUAAGUUAGAAAUGAUAAAGUCGAUAUUUUUCAGCGGGAAUAGCUGGCGAAAUCGAGGAUGCUUCCAGCGAGAGAUAGAGAUGGCGAGCAUCGACGUUUCCUAAUGAAUCAUCGCCAUCCCCUAAGAUAUAUGUGUCGCCAUCCUUACGUGUAUCCAUACGCGAUGGAACGGAAGGUAGGCGAUUUUAUCGGAGAUGACGUUCAUUUGCGAAUUAUCGAGCCAUUCUUGUUCGGUCGCAUCACGUCGUUUCUCUUUCUCGUAUGGAGAAUAGAUUUCACGGCCGACGUGAAACCGGCGUGAUGGACCAGAGAGAUUUCUUUUUUUUUUUUCGGCUCGCCGAUCGUCGAUCGUUUAGUAUUUUUACGACACAGACGCGCAUAGAUAUUCUGAUUCACUCUGUACGUAUGCGUAUUCAUAUACACAUAAUAUAUAUAUUAUAUAUAUAUAGCGAAAAAGGAAGAGAAAUCCUCCUUCGUCGCAUAGAGGGACUUCUGAAAGCAAAAGUAAGCGGAGAGGAAAGAACGGCGCGCUCUUCUUUUUUAGUAGAAUCGAUACCGAUAAUAGGUCCAUCUCGAUCGGUGGACCGACGACACGAGAUUCCGUGCAAUUUCGUCGUAAUUUCGUCCGCGAACCUCGCCGGCGGGAGUAAACGCGAUUUCUUCGUAGCUAGCGAUGGUCUCGGACCAACGCUUGCUUCGAACGCAACGAGUCGUCGUUGCGCAUCGGGUAAUCGUCACGAGAAAUACAUCGAUGAUUAGGAAUUACCAAGUCACGUUCGAGAUCACGAAACAAGCGUCAAGAAUUUUCUUCAGUCCUAGGUACGAAAAUUUCCAUCGAUCCAUUUCCUUUAUCGCGUCCCGACACGUACCAACGUGUUUCCAACGGUAUAAAGAUAUGCCGUCACUUCUUUCGGACAGACGAAAAAGUUUAAUUCUAUUAAUGCACAUAUCUCGCCUCACACUAGCUGUAACAUAGAUAUUACAGUCGCAUUUUCGUUUACGUGUCGCUACGCAGACGCAUUACCGUAGUAUAACGUAAGUGAAGGGGAGCGUUUCACCUUUUUUUCUUUUACACUUAACAAUAGAUAUAAUUUAAGAACGAGAAAGUUGACGGUGAGUAAUACGCAAACUUCUUUUGAAAAUGAGCAGGACUUGAUAAUCCGUUAUUCCGUUGGUGCAUCUCGCGUGCAAAGGUGUUGGUAGCACCAUCGCUAGAAGGAGGCCAGUUUUAAACUCCCCUUCGGGCCCUAGCUUCCGACCGAAACUCCGAAACGCGUUCCCGUUCUCCUUUCCUCUCUGCGUUCCGCGUUCCUUCUCACCCGUUUCCCCAGUUCUUUCUUUUUUUCCCCUUUUUCUUUUUGGCGAUCUCGACAAGCGAAUCGCGCCGCUCGGGAGGCACGACUACGACGUUACGUUAAUUAGGUAUCGAGAUAACGAGCGUAAAGGGGAUUAAAGAUAAAACACAGGAUAAAGAACGCAUGAUAUAUACGUACAUAGCACGUACACAUAGGAGUGUGCAACACGCGUGCACUGCUCGUACACUUUAUUACACACACACACACACACGCACACACAGAGAGAGAGACACGCGGCCAUACACACGCGUAAAGUGUAAUACACGAAGAAUAAGGAAGAAAAAAAAAGUAAUAUACGAGCGUUUUGUUAUAUCCGUAAUACGUAGGCGAACGUGUGUUAAUAAGAGAGUAAACGUAUCGAAUCUACAGUUAAAUGUUUACGAUAAAAUUACGGGUAAUUAAGAAAUUCUAGAUUUUUUCUAACUAAUCGAAUCGUACGGCGGACUCGUGCCAAUCCUCUAGAUUUACGACCUAAAACGAGAUAUACAAAUGGAGAUGGAGCUGUUAUCCUAUAUAUAUUAAGUCGGCUUGAAAUAUAUUUCAUUACAUGUAUUUAUCGGACGAGUGUCACGUUCUACGUGCGUGCGUGAGUGAGAGUGAACCGUGCAUGCGAUGCGUGGGGAUUUGCGUGCGUAUGCAUGUUUGCGGUUGGCGUAUGUCAAAAGCGAUGUCGAACGAGAAAGGUACGAGACGCCGAAGCGAAGAGAUACGCGAGGGAAUAAUUUUUUAGGUAAGAAAUGUGUAUGCGCCGUGGGAAACACGCGACAGUGGCAAGAGCAGCGAAAGAAACCGUCAGGCAAUUACGUUACGCGUCUCUCAUUUGCCUCGUUUAUUUCGCAGCUCGCGUCGGUCGGCCGCGUGUUUGAUAACGACGAAAUUGAUUUUGGCAUAGAUGUGAAAUUUUUAUCUUGUUUGUAGGACAAUAAAUGCUUUCGCAAUUUUAACGAGCGAGCAUACAUGACGAGGAAAUGUAACCGAAGGAUUACGAACUGCGAGGAUAUUACACAAGUUCUAUAUACUAUUAUUUACGUCGUAUCUUUUUCGAGUUUAGCUAUAAAAAUUAUCUUCGAAAUGCUAAAUGAAUUUCCAGACAAAAUUUCAUACGUAAUAGAUUAUUUGUGUCAUCGUUGUCUCAAGUAAUCUCUCUUACGUUGAAAAGAAGAUAGAUCGAUCGGUUGAAUCGCAAAGCGGUACGAGAGUCACUAAUACUUUGCUGAAAACUGCUUUUCCGCUGUUUAUCUAUUACGUUUCAUUCGAUAUUUUCGCGCUGUCAAUAUUUGCACAUUAAUAAUUCUUAUAUUAUUUCGCAGUCGUGGAAAAUUGGCAAUCAAUCCAUAGUGGGAACGUUUGUGUUUUAUUCAUGAGAUCAUUGAAAAUGUAUGUGAUCACGUGCAACAGGAAUGGUAAUUCUACAUGUGCGUUAAAUUUAGGAAAUUUGCAAUUGUGAUAAAUCGGCAUUUAAAUGACGAAAUACCGAUGGUAAAGAGCGCACCAACUUUUAAAACGGUUAUUUUGAUGCGUUAUUAAACGCGAUAAGCGGAAAUGCAAAAGCACGAAAUUUAUCGAAUUGAUUUUUGCUGGAGAUUAAUUACAAAAGUUAUUAAAAACAAAAAAUAAAUAAAUACAGGUAA